CGUUUAUAGUAUUGUUCUUACUAAUGCCGUAUACAGCGGGUGUAUUUACAGGUAGGGACGGGAAAGGGAAAAGUGAGUGGGGAAGUGAUUUUGAACUAUCGGUGGGGCUAGUAGAACUCGAAAGUCUUUACAAGUCGUAUGACUCGGCUCACUACAGUUUUCGCUAUGGCGUGUAUAGGGUCGAGUAGGUUCUGUGCUCGUGCAGAGAAACUGUGCCAGUUUAAACAUCUCGCCCAAUUACGAAAGAAAAUUUCAACAUGUGUUAAGUCAGGAACUAUAAUCGAAAAUUCGACAAAUAAUUUCAUUCAACAUUGUCAGAGUAGAACGAGCACAGGAGAUAGCAGAACGAACGUCGCAAGGAUGAUGAGCUCUAUGCAAACACAGUUGCCCGGAUCCUUAUAUGAUUCGGAUCAAAUUGACCCGUACCGACUUCUCGAGGAUGACCUCAAAGAUAUCUAUGAUGAUAUACGAGAGGAACUCAUCAGAAACACAAUAUAUAAGGAGCUACAAACUAUAGCGACGUAUUACUUCGAUGGUAAGGGAAAAGCAUUGCGGCCGAUGGUAGCGAUUCUCAUGGCACGGGCUAUCAAUUAUCACAAAGAAAGAAAUGGUCUCUUGGAUUCGCAACGACAAAUAGCGAUGAUUUCCGAGAUGAUCCAUAAUGCUUCCUUAAUCCAUGAUGACGUAAUCGAUCAACCAGGCUUCCGUCGUGGCAAACCUUCGAUCAAUGUCGUCUGGAGUCGAAAAAAGGUGACAAUGACAGGAGAUUAUAUUCUGGCAGUUACUACUAAUAUGCUAGCUAAACUGCGAAAUGACGAUAUCACCCUUACACUCAGUCAGGUCGUGACGGAUCUGGUGCAGGGUGAAUUUAUGCAGCUUGGAUCGAAGGAAACAGAGAAUGAAAGAUUCGCACAUUACCUUACUAAAACAUAUCGUAAGACAGCUAGUUUAAUCGCAAACACUUUGAAAGCUGAAGCUAUGUUAGCUGAUGCUGAUGAUCAAUUGGCUGAAUUAGCCUUUCAAUAUGGUAGAAAUAUUGGUUUAGCGUUUCAAUUAGUCGAUGAUCUUUUGGAUUUCGUAUCGACUUUACCGACAAUGGGUAAGCCUACUGCAGCGGAUUUGAAAUUAGGUCUUGCAACUGCUCCAGUUCUUUUCGCUUGUGAACGGUAUCCAGAAUUAAACGCAAUGAUCAUGCGUCGAUUUCAAGAACCAGGAGAUGUUGAAAAAGCAUUUGAAUUAGUGCAUAAAUCGCAAGGACUCGAACAUACGAGAUUUUUAGCGCGAAAACAUUGUAUUGAAGCAAUGAAACUUGCACAAUCUUUAGCUGAAAGUCCCUAUCAAAAAGGUUUGCAAGUAGUUUGCGAUUUAGUAUUGAAUCGUACGAAGUAACGAUAUGAAAAAUUGCGAUAAAAACUGUGUAUGAAAGUAAAGCAUACGAAAAAACAUUGAAAAGAAAACUAGUAGUCAUAAAAAAUUAUAAUAUUGACCGUGAAAUGGUUAAUUAAUCCAGCUACAACGAAUGAAGAAUAAUAUAUAAUUAAUGCGAUAGAUUAUAUCGGUUGUAAAGAAAAGAAAAACAUCAAAUGAACGCAAAAAUAAUUAUGAUAUUCAUGUAAACGCACUUUUGAAUGUGUUCAACCGAUUAUUGUUGAUGGUACUUAUAGUUCUAUAUUUAAACUUAUAUAUGUUUGUAACAUAAAAGUUUAAAAUGUUUAUAUUUACGAUAUUGUUAACAAUGUGGUAAUUUUAUGAAAAAACAAAAAAUCGACAAAAAUUAGCGAGAUAUUAUUUUUAUAAAUUUCACAUGUAACAUAACAAAAGUGCACAUUAUCGAUUGUCUACAACAGAAUAUCCAAGCGAUUUCUUUAUACCAGUUUAUCAAAUAUAAUAUAAUUAUAGGUAAAAACUCGUCUAUUAAGUGCCCAGAUACAUCUUAAAUAAGAAAAAUACAAUAUAUAAGAGAAUGUAAAGAGAAUCAUGAUAAAUACUUUGCUCUAUAGUGCACAUAUGACCUGAUUUUAUCAAUAUUAUUACUAGCCAAUCAUAAAUGUAAAUAAAAAGAUUCAUAGGAAUAGA